UCUGAGGAUUCUGUAACUACUGAAGGCACUUCACGAUUCACAGCUGAGCCUUUGGUUGAUUACUCGGACACCGAAGAUGAAGUUUUGUGUUCUAAAAUUAAGACAUCUUAUAAAAAGAGAUCUGUGAUUCAUGAUGAUUCGGAUGAUCUCUUUGAAAAUUCGAGUGUAAAUGGUAAAGAUGACCAAGACAUUCAACGUGACGUCAGACGGAAUCAUGCAUCAUUUGCAAUGAGUGAACAACAUUCCGCUUGUACCACAGCAUCCAAAAGAGCAAAAAACACAAGAGCUAGAGGGAAGAUCGCGGAGUACUCGGAUGUUUCGAGCGAAGAUGAGUUAUCUGUUAGUGAGGAAGAGUACAUUCCUGAUACAUCAGAGAGUUACACAUCAGAUAGUAGCAUGAGCUUUACUGCUUCACCAAAGGGUAAAGAAAAAAAGUUACAGACUUUGCCAGUCCGGAGCAGUUCAGCUGUGAACAGAAUCAAAAAGUUCAGUAUUCAAAGCAGCGGUGACUUAGGGAGCUCCCAGAACCACGACAUAGCCAAAGUUCCUGACACAUCUUCCAUUCUUGACAGCGCAACAUCAGUAGUUAUCCCAGCUGUAAUUAAAAAGAGAGGUGGAUUGAGAAUGUACAGCAAAAAACAACAGUGCUUUUUUGUGAAGGUUUGCAAAUUCAAGCCUGGUGAUGAGAAGCCGAAACCUGGAAAAACCCGUGUCCAGGUUCUUUGUGGCUUUGCACAACCUCCCCCACCAGGAGUAACUCAUGGUGUUUGGAAGCUGUUAAAUUCCAUGAACCAGGACCAAGUGGCACUUGAAACUAGAAAUGACUGGUGCAUUUUAGAGUUAGGAAAGCAUCUUUACAACAAGUAUGGAUCAAGAGUUAAAAUGCAUGAACACAUCCGCCAAAAGAUGAGGGAGCUUGGAAGACUCCUAAUAUGUGCAAGAGAGGUAUCCCCCCUUACAUCUAUUAAAGAGCUCAUUCAUCCCACAAACUUCAUGCAUACCAUCAAUGCAGUUAAAAGGGCUGCUGGCUACAAUGAAGAGACCAAUGUAUUUUGA